AUGGCUCAGCAGGAUCUACGAUGGAAACUGCUUGCCAGACAAGAACUCGCCCAAAAGCAGAGAGACGCCGAACAAAAGGGCCUGAUCUCACCAAAAGAGAGACCAGCAGACAUGGCCCCUAUCUGGACCAGACUUGGGUGUUUGAAGAAGAGAAACGGGUCCAAAUUGAAACGAGCGUGCCAACUCAUUCACUGUGGCUCCCGUCACCUCUCCCGCAUGCUUCUGAGUGCAGAUCUGCCCUUGCAGAAGCUGGGAACGGACCCAAACACCCUGUCACAGAUCACAUUGCAGGCACCAGUGGCCUUCGCGGAGCAAAACAAGUCUUUGGGAGCUAUUGCGCUUAGAUGGCUCGCUGGAAAACUUUCCGAAGAGACUACCGAGAGAACGGCGAUGGAGUUUUGGAGACUGGCGGCUCUGGUAGCGGAACACUGUGCUGCUUCAAAAGCAUGA